AUGCUGGACACCCACUGCCGCCCCCGGAACCCCCGCGUUCAGAGGACGUUACUAGCUUAUUCUUCGCCGGCGCCAUUCCGGGCCAUUCGUACCGGUAUCGACGUGCCACCUGGGCCUUCCAAGACGAACAAGCACAUCCUUAUAUCUGUCCGUCAGGUCUUGGAGACCGUGGUCGACGUCGCUGUGUCCUGGGGUGGUGAACUCGCCCGGGGCUUGAAUCAUGCACGUCUUGAUCAUUUUCAGGCCCCCCCCAAGGCAAAUUGGUUCAUUGAAUCAAUAAACCGAAGUGAAGCAGGUUCUGCUGGUGUUUGUUCGCUGGGCCUUGGCUAUGUGGCUAUGUACAACCAGGCCUGUCGACGGGACCGAUAUUAA